GGCGCACCAAGCCUUCGUAAACGUAAACGGAAUCGUGCUAGGUGCAUAUCGUCUGCAUGACUAAGCACAUAUCGAUCCUGAUCAGUCGGACAACGUCUCAAUAGGUGCCUGGCAAAACACUUCGGAAGAUGAGUACAAAUCUUCAGUCCACCCUUCCUUGGGCUGCUACAUUCAACUUCUCUCUCUCCGCGGAACCAUCGCUGGCGAUUCACUACCUAUCCACGACGACGACGAAGUCGGUCGCCAUUCAUCAUUGCACCUCAACGGUGACACCUACAUCCCGCAGUUUGGUCAACGCGCGGGGUGUAUCCUAGCCCAAAUCAAUUAUCCGGCGCGGAUGUCCUCACGUCGACAUGGCUCGCACUAAAGUGCGGAGACACGCCCAAGGAAAGCAUCCGCAGAAGAACAGAUUGUGCUCUAGCAAUCAGCAGAUAUCACGACUCAGACCUCCUCGACAAACCUCAACGCGGCCCCCUCAGGAGGCCAAGCCGAUAACACCACCUCAAAGCGGGGGAGUCCGCGGGUCGUAUGAAUGCAUCGUCGACUACGAUCACCAGGCGUUUUCUAUCACUUGGUCGGGUUCGCCUGAGUACCCCGAUCUUGCAAGGUUUCCCGACCUUAAGAAUGUCAGCGUUCAUUCAGUACAUCAAAAUUCCCGAAUAGCUGCAAUCUGGAGAGACUCGACGAUAAUUGAUUACGGUGCUUAUGCGUCCAUUCGAGUCAUCGAGGACGGUCGAUUUCCUAUUCUCAAGCUUGCCCACCAAGAUGAGCUGUCUAUCAAGCUCAUUCAACAUGAACUCGACGUUCUCGCUGACUUGGCGAAGCUCGGACUUCCCGUUGUUGAAUUCGACCAGCAGCCAAUCCGAGACAAUGGAGUCAUUUGCGGCUACCGAAUGAACAAGCUAUUCAAAGUAGAACUAUCUGAGCUACGUUCGCGAACGGAUGACAUCAAGCAAACACUGGAUCGGCUCCAUUCUGCAGGCUUCAGCCAUGGGGACUUUAGUCCCAGCAACAUCAUGAAAGACGCGGGUGGCCAUAUUAUCUUGAUUGACUUUAGCUUUGCAGGCCGAAUAGGAAGUGAAGUCCCGUCUUUUUUUCCAAGUUGGGUCUAUGCGGACGGUAUAUAUGGAACUAAUUCUGAUUUGGAAGCAUUUGGUAGAUACGCGGCCCCAAUAUAAUAUUCCGCUCCCUCUCUGUCCUAAGGUUUAUGGUCACUGCACCAACCCGACCAAUAUGAAAUCGGCUCCUCCGUGACACCCUUAAUCGGCUGUCCCUUUAUCCUUGCAAGAUUCGACCCCGCCAACUUUAACCACGCAGCCGCAGUUCGCCCAUUUUCUAACUUUUUGUAUACACAUUGGAAUCGGCGAAUAGCGGAGACCUAUAGGGAGUCAGUAUGGUUCCAAAACGAGCAAAAUGUAGUAUGCAAGCGUACAAGUCUACCAGAAUAGAGCGAAGAGAUGUUUUCAGAGGUACUGGCUGUUGUGUGCUUGGAGGCGAAGUGUGUUGACGCAAUAUCUGGGAGGAUAGAGUUUUGUUGAGACGUCGAAUCAGUAAUGAGAACUGUAGAUCUGUGGAUAGGACGGAAGAAAGACAGAGUAGGAAUUUGGCACUUUAUAUAAGAAGGAAUCUCUAAAAUUCCCACUCAUGUAAGAGCUGGGUGACAGUGAAAGCCAGCUCAGCAUCAGCGAGACACACCCUGCAUCAAUUCCUUUUAUACCGGCAUCUAUGUUGGUGCAUGGAAAGGACAUUCCCACGCUGAUCAGGGGAUACCUGGUACCGCAGGUGUAACGCGUAAGCCCAAGGUCUCACAGGAGUCCAGGGAACCAGGUCAAGAGGCAGGAAAGGGGUAUCGUAUUUGUAAGGACAAUAGGUCUACGUAAAUACAGCGAC